AUGAGCAGCUCAAAGAACGUCAUCCUCGUCCCCGGUGGAACAGGCCUCGUCGGCGCCGCCAUCGACUAUGUCACCCAGCACGAGCCUGUCGGGUCACGCUACGGCAAGUUUGCAGAGGACGACCAAUGGGUCUUCCUCAGCAGCAAGGACGGAGACUUGAGGGACCUCGCGCAGACGAUGGCCAUCUUUGAAAAGUACAAGCCGACGCACGUCAUCCACCUUGCUGCCCUCGUAGGUGGACUGUUCAAGAACAUGAAGUACAAGUUGACUUUCCUCCGCGACAACCUCCUCAUCAACGACAACGUUCUCUGGGCAUCGAAGGAGCACGGCGUGAAGAAGGUCAUCUCGUGCCUCUCGACCUGCGUCUUCCCCGACAAGGUCUCCUACCCGAUCGACGAGUCGCACGUGCACCUCGGCCCUCCUCACUCGUCCAACUUUGGCUACGCACACGGAAAGCGUCUCGUAGACGUCUACAACCACGCCUACAACGAGGAGUUUGGCUGCAACUUUACUGCUGCGAUCCCGACUAACAUUUUCGGACCGCACGACAACUAUGACCUCGAGGACUCGCAUGUCAUCCCUGGGUUGGUGCACAAGUGCUACCUCGCCAAGAAGAACGGCACCCCCUUCACCGUUUCCGGAUCUGGCACGCCCCUCCGCCAAUUCAUCUACUCUCGCGACCUCGCAAAGCUCUUCAUCUGGCAGCUCAAGGAGUACCCCGAGAUCGACCCCAUCAUCCUUUCCGUUGGCGAGGAGGACGAGAUCACGAUUAAGCAGGUUGCCGAGUCGAUCGUCAAGGCUGUUGGGUUCCAGGGAGAGGUGACGUGGGACAGCUCGAAGGCAGACGGCCAGUACAAGAAGACUGCCUCGAACUCGAAGCUUCGCAAAUACCUCCCCGACUUCCAAUUCACCCCCUUCGACGUCGCGCUGCAAGAGUCGGUCGACUGGUUCGUGCAGAACUAUGACAAGGCCCGGACUGGAGCCGCGGCGAAGAAGCAGUAG